AAGAUGAGUAUAUGAAUCAGCAGUAUUACACCAUCACACUGUGUUUACUAUGUGAAUCUGUUGUGCUGGAGCGCCACCGUGUGUCGGUUUGUGGUACUGCAGUAAAGUGUUGCCCUCAUGCCUGGCUCGUGUCAUCAUGCAGGACAACAUUAGCAUGGUAACGAGUUGAGCCUCAGUUCAUGGAUUAGGAUGUUCAGACUGGCAUGGAGGCGGUCCGCGUCCAAAACUAGCCUCCUGGAGCAUUCACGCCUCUGGACUGCAGUGUCUCUGAGAGCAGACAGUGCACAGCAGAUCACAGGAGGGAACUUCUGUAGCCCACUCGGACACACUCCCCACCCACCGAGCUCCAGGUCCACGCUGCUACAGUCCCAGUCGGCCUACCACGUCAGCUCACCUGUCUUUAUGAGCAUGGCGUCAGGAGGUGAAGGUUCGUCCCCCCUCCCUCACAAACAUACCAACAGGUUAGCAAAGGAGAAGUCGCCUUACCUGCUGCAACAUGCACACAACCCUGUGGACUGGUACCCAUGGGGACAAGAUGCUUUCAACAAAGCAAAGGAUGAGGACAAACCCAUCUUUUUAUCAGUGGGAUAUUCAACAUGCCACUGGUGCCAUGUUAUGGAGAGGGAGUCUUUUGAGGACGAGGAGAUCGGCAAAAUCCUCAGUGACAACUUUGUCUGCAUCAAGUUAGACCGUGAAGAGAGACCUGAUGUGGACAAGGUCUACAUGACCUUUGUGCAGGCAACAAGUGGAGGAGGAGGUUGGCCCAUGAGUGUAUGGUUGACACCUAACCUUCGACCUUUCAUUGGAGGCACCUACUUCCCUCCCAGAGACCAGCGAGGACGACCCGGGCUCAAAACUGUUCUCAGCAGGAUAACAGAUCAGUGGCAGAAUAACCGAACUGCUUUGGAGUCCAGUGGAGAGAGGAUCCUUGAGGCUUUAAAGAAAGGCACAGCUGUUGAUGCUAACCCAGGCGAAAGUCCUCCGCUGGCUCCAGAUAUUGCUAAGCGCUGCUUCAAGCAGUUGGCGCACUCCUACGAAGAGGAGUACGGUGGCUUCAGAGAGGCUCCUAAGUUCCCCUCACCAGUGAAUCUGAUGUUCCUCAUGACUUACUGGUCAGUGAAUCGCUCCACCUCUGAAGGAGUUGAGGCCCUUCAGAUGGCCCUGCACACACUCCGUAUGAUGGCUCUGGGAGGCAUCCACGACCAUGUUUCCCAGGGUUUUCAUCGUUACUCCACAGAUUCCUCCUGGCAUGUUCCCCACUUUGAAAAGAUGCUGUAUGACCAGGCUCAGCUGGCUGUGGCUUACAUAAAUGCCUCACAGGUAUCAGGUGAGCAGAUCUUUGCAGAGGUGGCUAAGGACAUACUGAUCUAUGUCUCCAGGGACCUGAGUGACAAGUCUGGAGGAUUCUACAGCGCAGAGGAUGCAGACUCUGUCCCGGCGUCAGGUGGGGCAGAAAAGCGUGAAGGGGCUUUCUGUGUGUGGUCUGCCUCUGAAGUCCGGGAGUUGUUGCAGGAUGUGGUGGAGGGUGCAACUGGAUCUGCCACACAGGCUGAUAUCUUCAUGCACCACUACGGGGUGAAGGAGCAAGGCAAUGUUACCCCUGAACAGGACCCUCAUGGGGAGCUGCAGGGCCAGAAUGUGCUGAUCGUUCGUUACUCGGUGGAAUUAACUGCUGCUCACUUUGGCAUCAGUAUUGAGAAAGUUCACCAGGUCCUGGCCUCCGCAAGGACCAAAAUGGCAGAGGUGAGGAGGAGUCGGCCCCCGCCACACCUGGACUCUAAGAUGUUGGCCUCCUGGAACGGUCUGAUGCUCUCAGCCUAUGCUCGUGUGGGGGCCGUGCUGGGGGACAAGGACCUCCUGGAGAGGGGGAUAGAGGCUGGACACUUCCUGAAGGAGCACCUGUGGGAUGCUGAGCGGCAGACCAUCCUACGAUCCUGCUACCGUGGGCACCAGAUGGAGGUUGAACAGAUAUCUCCUCCCAUAUCUGGCUUCCUGGAUGAUUAUGCUUUCAUCAUCUGUGGCUUACUGGACCUGUACGAGGCCACGCUGCAGACGGAGUGGCUGGAGUGGGCAGAGGAGCUGCAGCUCCGGCAGGAUGUGCUCUUCUCUGAUGAGCAGGGUGGAGGCUACUUCUGCAGCGACCCUGCUGACCACACUGUACUGCUGCAACUCAAAGAGGAUCAGGACGGAGCUGAGCCCAGCGGUAACUCGGUCUCAGCAUCAAACCUCCUGCGUCUGUCGCACUACACGGGCAGACAGGACUGGCUCCAGAGGUCCCAACAGCUGCUGGCAGCUUUCUCUGAGCGUCUGACCAGGGUCCCCAUCGCACUGCCUGAGAUGGUCCGGGCUCUCAUGGCGCAUCACUACACACUCAAACAGAUUGUAAUCUGUGGCCAGAAGGAUGCUCCAGACACCACAUGUCUCCUGGCAGCAGUGAACUCCCUCUUUCUACCACACAAGGUCUUGAUACUUCAUGAUGAAGAUGCAGACAGUUUCCUGAACCACCGUCUGCCCGUACUCUCCUCCAUGACCCAGCAGGGUGGCGUAGCGACGGCCUACGUCUGCCAGGACUUCACCUGUUCUCUUCCUGUCACUGACCCCCAGGAGCUUCGCAGGCUGCUGCUGGACGGGACCACAGAGACUCAGGCAGACUGAUGGAGGAGGAACUAACUGAGGAUUAUUAGGACGCCAGUAAUCUGCAUAGGCUAUGCUCUGUCAACCUUCAGUCUAGCUCAGUUCUGCUGUUAUUGGCUCGUCGGUCAGCCUUUGCCAUGAAAGAACGCUAACACUGAGGAGGUUCAGAGACGUUUGGUGAAUGGGGCUUCUUUCCUUCUCUGCAGAUCUUUAACUCCGGCUUUCUCUUUAGAAAGAAGUGUUACAUAACAUAUCAAAUUAAGGGUUUUAGCUUUAUGAGCAUAAAAGCAAUAUGUAGAUUUAGAUAUAUCAUGAUGCCAGAGUCUGACUUUAGUACACUGGGCAGUAUUUAACUGAAGAACUUGUGUCCUUGUCUCACCCUGUGUUAGACCAUCCAGGUUACAUGAAUCUGACAGUAGAGACCUUCAUGUCUGUCAUUUCUUCUAAGCCAAUAGGAAAGAAGGUUUGCAGGUUUCCUAAACUUCAUUCUGUGUGCACAUGAUUUUAUUUCAAAUACACCAGCAAACAUCUUCUGUC